CGUUCAUCUGCUUGUACUUAUUCACGACAGCUCGGAGCUGCACAGUCCAACAGGGGAAGCUGAGCAGAGGAGUAACAAACGACUGAGGGGUCAUUGUUGAGUAAAGCAACUCAAAUGAGUCAAAGUAGAUUAUUUGUUCAGCUGUCAGUGGGGCUCGUUCUCAUUGCGGCAGGUGUAGGUGCCUCAUGUCCCAUUGAGUUGAGCCCUUCCAGUGUUGUGGUGAGAUAUGGAGACCCAGUUUUAGUCAACUGCACCACAACAGUGAGCCAUGAUGGAAUGGGUUGGGAGGCUUCACAAGGAGGGAUAGGGAAUAUGGAGGUCGACCAUUUGGCCUGGAAGGUGGAGAAUUUAACAGAAUGGGACAUCUCUGCUUUUUGCUUCAUUAACCGUAAAGAUUCAGACCAGUGCAUGAAAGAUCUGAACAUCGUUGUUUACACAUUUCCAGAAAAAAUCAAAAUCAACUCCACCGGUGAAUCCAAUGGUAUGAUGGUAGAAGGGGAGGAAUAUAACAUUACUUGUGAGAUCCCCAAAAUAGCACCAGUCCAAAAUCUUACUGUAAAGUGGUACAAAAGAGACAGAAUCAUUGAACCAGAUAUUUUAGAAAUCAUUGAACCAAAUCACUUAAAAAAUACUAAACAACCAGUGAAGCUGUUAUCUACCUUCCCGUUUACACCAACUCGAAAGGACAGUGGUACCAGGUUCAGAUGUGAGGCACAGAUGGACCUGAGCCCAGUAGGGCCACAUUUUAAUGUAUCAUCACAGGAGUUUUCUGUUACAGUUGUCUUUGGACCAGAUGUACAGUGUUCCAAUCUUAUUGAGUUAAUGGAAAAUGAAUCUUUGGAGGAGAAUUGCAACAUAACAGGAAAUCCCACCCCCUCAGUUAAAUGGCUGAAAGAUGAACAACUCUUCAACUCAACCACUCCGAUGAGAAGGGAAAAUGCAGGGAUGUACACACUUGAAGCUAAUGGCUGGAGCUCUGUCCAAAAGAACAUCCAGGUUCAUGUGUUAUACGGACCAGAGUUGAACUGCCCAAGCAUUUACAUUGCAGAGGAACAUACUCCUCACAAUCUCACCUGUACUGUUGAGGGCUUUCCUGAACCUGACACGGUCUGGUACAAAGAUGAUGAGGUGGUGGAACUUCCAAAGACGUUGUUGAGAGAUGAUGCAGGACAUUACUUGAUCACAGCUUCAAACAAUCAGUCAAACGUUAACGCCACUGUGGAAAUUAUUGUUCACUAUCAACCGUCAGAGAUAUUUGAGCUUCAAGACAUUCAAGUCCACCUUGGUUCCACUGUGGAGCUGAAGUGCUCCUCCAGUGGAAACCCACGACCAACGUAUAGCUGGAAUUAUUACCAGACUGACAAUGUGAUGGAGGAAAAUGAAGAUGGAGUGUCCCGUCUGGAGAUUCACAGCGCUACUGCAUACAACAUGGGUUCCUACACGUGCCAUGCACGGAACAACAAGGGAAGCAUUUCCAAAACAAUCAGAGUGACAGUUAUAGGUGCUGAGCAAGAAUGCCCACUUGAAAUAACUCCAAAUCCAAUGGUGCUUGAGUACAGAAGCAGAGCACAGGGUGCAACGUGCAGGUCAACAUCCACCAUCUCCACAAAUGUCCAGAGAAUGUACUGGGAGGGUGAAGAAUCUGAUAAUAUGACUUGGUUUGCUAACACCAAUGAAGACUGGGGGAUGACGCCAGUUUGCACUGCAUCAUUUCGAGGAAUAGGAAAAUGCAAUAAAUCAUUGAACUUUACUCUUUACAAAAAACCAGACAGUGUUUCCAUUUAUCACGUGGAUCGCUUGAGCUAUGUGGAAGAGGGCGAACAGUUCCAGCUGCGGUGUGACAUUGUCAGCGUUGCUCCAGCACAAAACCUCACUGUGUUGUGGUACAAAAAUCAAGACAUUCUGGAAGAAACUGAUUGUCAGCUUGAAAACAACAAAACCUGCAAACUCAGUGAUGUCAGAUCCCCGGUAAAUGUUUCUGCCACGAUUAAUGUCAAUCUGCAAAGGAAAGACGGCGAAGCGGAGUUCAGAUGUGAGGCUCGGCUAAACCUGAGAUUAAAUCCUCUUCCGACUACAACAUCCAGCACCCUUAAGAUCACUGUCCUCUAUAAGCCCAAAAUUAAUACCACAAAGCUUCCAAAAGAAAUUCCCGUGUUCAGAGGUUACUCUGAGGAGCUUGUUUGUGAAGCAGAUGGUAACCCAAUCCCAAAGAUCCAGUGGCACUACAACCCAGAGUCCCAUGUGAAUGUGUCUAAAGGAAAACUCACUGUGUCUGAGCCGGGCAUCUACAACUGCACUGCCAGCAAUGACGUUGGUUCUGCAUCACACGUGGUUGAAGUGAUUUUAAAAGAAAAACCAGUCAGUGUUUCCAUCAAUCACGUGGAUAACUUUACCUCCGUGGAAGAGGGCAAAGAGUUCCAGCUGCGGUGUGAAAUUGUCAACGUUGCACCGGAACAAAACCUCACUGUUUUGUGGUACAAAAAUCAAGACAAACUGGGAAAAACUCAUUGUCAGCUUGAAAACAACAAAACCUGCAAAUUCAGUGAUGUCAGACCCCCGGUAAAUGUUUCUGCCACGAUUAAUGUCAGUCUGCAAAGGAACAACAGCGGAGCAGAGUUCAGAUGUGAGGCUCUGUUAGACACGGGAUCAAACACCCAUCAAAAUACAACAUCCAGCACCCUUAACAUCACUGUCCUCUAUAAGCCCAAAAUUAAUACCACAAAGCUUCCAAAAGAAAUCCCAGUGUUCAGAGGCUACCCUGAGGAGCUUGUUUGUGAAGCAGAUGGUAACCCAAUCCCAAAGAUCAAGUGGGACUACAACCCAGAGUCUCAUGUGAAUGUGUCUAAAGGAAACCUCACUGUGUAUGGGCCUGGCAUCUACAACUGCACUGCCAGCAAUGAUGUUGGCUCUGCAUCAUAUGAGGUUAAGGUGAUUCUAAAAGAGGACUACCUCCCUCUCAUCGCUGGAUUUGUGGCUGUCACUGUGGUAGCUAUCUCCACCAUCUUCGUCUUCAUCUACUCAAUCUACUACAAGAACACCAAGAUGCGCCGCUACAGCCUUAAAAACCCCAAAUUCAGCGCGCACAAUGGGAAUGUAGCUCACAGCAAUGGUGACCUGCAGUUCCCAAUGACCCGACUAUCAAAGCAGUACAUCUGUGCAUAGCACAGAAUAGACUGCUGAGCAAUCGGAACGGUCUGCAUCUCUCUGCCACCAGGGUUAACAGGUUUUUCUUGUUUUGUUUUGUUUUUUUAUUGUUGUUGUUGUUUUUUGUAAGUCUGAAUACCGAGCCAAAUACAGAGAAAGACUAUUCUGUCCUCCAAACGUCAAUCACCCUGUUAUUCUCACAUAGAUUUCCCCUUACAUUAUAAUCAGAGGUGUAGUGCUAUUUGUAUAAUUAGUGCAUCGAUCACAGGCACACAGCCUUUAGAGUUAUUUGUUUUAAGGCUAUAUCACCAAAGUGUCAAGUUUAAAUUAUUCAACUAUAACCAUAACAUGCUGAUUACAGCUCUCUCCUCCCUGGAUGUGUCUUCUUUGUUUUCCAUGCUUUCCUGGUUGAUAGGAACAGUCUCUCUUUAACACUGGUGCCAUCUCUCUUCCUCACUUAUUCUCCAGUGAACUUUAAAUUCUACCGUUUUUCCCAUAGUUGUUACAUUGUCUGCACACAGCUGUGUGCAGUGCUUUGGGUUUGUGCCGAAAUUCUUCACUGAGUCCGCUCUAAAUAUGCAGAGUGAAGAGUCCCUUUCUACUCUGGUGUUUUUCUACACGUCAUACGUGUCAUCUUUUCCACACAGAUUUCAGAUUUAUACUUUGGAGUAGUUUGUGAUAAUGGAGCUCUCCUCUGGAUAAGUCCUGUCUUCCACCUGAGUAGCUUUUUGAUGCCAAAAGGUGGUGUAAACUGUUAGUAAAUCAGGCCCUAGAUAGCCCAGCUUUGAUUACUUAUUUUGACUUUUUUUAACUUUCUGCCAUGAAAUAUUGUUGACGUGACAACUGAAUUUCAACCGAUUAAGCUAACUGUGAAUAUGUUGUUUCCUCUCUGGUGGGGGAAAAAAGAGGUGGGGACUACACCUGCAAUUAUAAGUGUUUUAUCCAUAAGGCAGUAAUACUAGGUGCAAUCACAAAUUUCCUUGAUUCGAAUUAUUUAAAGAAAAAAAUAAUGAAGACCAUACUUGAUUUAAAUUUGGCAGGGUCUCUUGAGGGUCCUCUGCUUGUUAACGUGUUCACCACUUCCAUCAUGGCUGCUGUUUUUAGAUCCUUCAGUUUUCACUACUCGACUCACAAAACUGUAAUUUCACUGUGAAUCCUAAACUGAGCAAAUAUCGGCUUCACUGACGAACUGACGUGACUUCAUAUCCAUGAUUACCACUGAUAAUUAGAUCUAUGUCUCACGAGUCCAAGCCCAAAGGCUGAUCUAAGAUAAGGACUGUGUAGAGUCACCACACAGCACAUUGAAUGCUUUUUUUUUGUGCCACCAAACAAAACACAAGACUUAUCUCUCGGGGCCUUGCUUCAUCCUUUUCUUAUAAAGAAAGCAGUCAGAAUGUGAUGUACAUUUAGUGAUCUGAAAAUAGCCGCCACACUUGGAAGCAGUUUAGUUUUAAGGAAACAACAAAAUAGAGUGAGGAUCAGAAACAUUCAAAUCAGGUUUUUGAGGGUUUUUUUUAUUGUAGCUUUUACUCUUUGUAACUGUUAUUGCACCUGGUGUAGUUACACAAAUGAGCAACCUCGGCUUGAGAUGUACAAGUCUGUCUAUACUACUGGAUUCUUACCAGUUUUCACUGGAUGGAAAGAAGUGAAGGAGCAAUCCAACUCGAAGGUGAAAAUUUUUUCUAUUUUAAUUUUUUUUUAUAUCUGAUGCUUGGUUGGUUUCACUAAUGUUAUUGUUUGUUUUAACCUUAAGACUUCAGAUCAGAACCUUAUGGGAUUUAUCACGUCUUUAGGACAUUGUGACUCUCAGACUGCUGUGCUAUAAACUGUUAAAUGGGAAAUGCAAAGCAUUUAUAAACUGCUUUUUCUUAUCACCUGUCCUGCCAGCAGUGCACACACCGCAGUUUUCUUAUUUAACUUCACUCUUCCAUGCGUAUCAUAUUGAAUGUCUAUAUGAAUUGUAUAUUCAGGGUAAUAUUUGAUGUAAAUCCAAAAGUUUAUAUUUAUUUAUGAGAAAAAGUAAAGGCUGAAUAAUUUAGUGUUGAAAAUGGACUGCACACUGGUUAGUAAUUCAAAUUAUUGAAGGGUUAAUGGAGUUCAAGUCCUUCGUGUAAAGGCUGAGGAGAACUUUAUAACACAUUUGUAUAUACUGCUGUAAAUAUUUCUGACUGGGGCAAAAGUGUAUUUUCUUAUUAAAAAUGUCGCUUUUUAAAACACGUUCCUAUUUAUAUGCAUGGAAACAUCCAAGUAUUAUAGUGCAAUAAAGAAAACUGAGGAGUUCAAGAAAGGAAAAUUUUGUAUAUGUUGUUUUAAACCUUUUUACAAGUAAUUAAGAAUGGCUGCUUUAUUUGGUUAUUGGCAUGAAUAAAAUUAAAAAAGAAAAUUGUAUGCCUGAAUACAGACUCAGCAACCCUAAGCAUACCAUUGUAUUUAAAUCAUAACUGUAAUAUUUUUUGUGGUAAAGGAGGAAUAACAGUACAGUAUUUUUGCUUUACCUAAACCUAUAGCACAAAGUAUAUGGAAAAGCUCUGCUUUGUCCAGCACACAUAUCUCUAAGAACAUCAUCUACAAGAACAAGAAGCUAAUAUCAUUCUUUUAUCAGCCUUUUUCCUCCAUUUUUCAGAAUGGUUUAUGAAUGUGCUGAAGCAUAGCAUGUCCAGGUCCAGGUAGUGAGACUCUGUGUAAAAGAAGACUAUAAAAUGUUUUUAAAUUAUAAAUUCAAAAUAGAAUGCAAUGAUUUUUUAAUUAUGCCUUACAUGCAAUAUAUGAGUUAUAUUUUAAAGCAGUCCAAAUGUAUACAUACUGAUAAUUAUAAGGAUGGUGAGAUCAUUAAAUAAACAAGCAUUUUACAAGAAAUGGUAACAGUGAAAAUUCUAUGUUGUCUAAAUGAAUCACUGGGGUCUCUCUUGAAUAUAAAUGUAUAUAACUAAGUUCAAAUGGUGGACUGGUAUAUGUCCCAUUUACAUUGGUGCAUACAAUGUAAAACAAAGGAAAAAUGUUAACUUACUCCAAAAAAAUCUUGAUUUUAUUUUAAAAAUAUAUACAUGCUCUACAUACUGGGUUCAGUACCGGUUUAGCAUAGAGUAUGUGAAGCAUUCACAGGUGUGAUGUCACCUCAGUUUUCUUCUCUUCACCUUUUUCCCCCUUUUUUUGUUUUGUUUUUUUCUUAAUUAACUAACCAACUAAAUAAAAUAAAAAGAUUUUAGUCAUAGCAUUUUUAAUUGAAGGUAAUCCAUCAUGAAAAAUAAACAUUAAAAAAUAUAUACUGUGCUACUACUUUCACUUUACAGAACAUGCGUACUUUUGGUUUCAGUUUUGGUCACAGCAGCAGGAGCAACAAAGGUGUGUGACUAGGUGUAUUCAGCCGGGUCUAAUUUAUUUGUCAUUUCUUUGAGAGCGUGUUGCCCUCUAUGCUGAAACCAUGAUGUGGUUCUUCUUCUUCUUUGGCUUCUUAAUCGCGUGUACAGGAAACCCUGCAAGUGCUUCCUGUACGUUAAAAAUGAGUCCCCCUAGAGUUGUGGUGAGAUUUGGAGGCUCCUUUUCAGCCAACUGCACUUCACUGUCUGACCAGACUGAUGGAAUGGGCUGGGAGUCUCCAUAUGGACCAGUGGACCUUACCCAGGGUGUCACUUCUCUUCUCUUUACAAUUGACUCUGUGCCAGAGUGGGAGUUGGGGCCAAUGUGUUAUGUGAAUUCCCAUGAUGGUGAUCAGUGUACGGAAAUAUUGCCAGUCACUGUUUAUAAAAUGCCAGACAGUGUGUCAUUGAGACAGAAUUCAACUACAGUGAAAGAAGGUGAACAGUUUGCCAUACAGUGUGACAUUGUUAAUGUUGCACCAGCAAGAAAUCUCUCUGUGCUUUGGCACAAAGGAAAUAAGAUCUUAAAUUCUGAGACAUUUAAUGACUCCAGACCAUCUCCAGUCAGUAAGUCAUCUGUCCUCACUCUGACUGCUCAUGGAGAUGAUGAUGGAGCUGAGAUCUGGUGUGAAGCAAAACUAAACCUGUGGCCAGGAGAACAAGGUCCAACCAUGAUGCGCUCAAAGUCACAUAGUGUGACUGUACUCAGGGCUCGAACAACCUUUGGAGUCAUGCUGGCAGUAGGUGUGGCCGUUGGAGUUUUGCUCCUCAUUGCUGUUGCAUUUUUUGUGACACCCAAUGGCACAUUCUCUUUCAACAAAAGCCGCUAUCAACCAGGAACUCCCUCAGGAUGAGUAUAAGAAAAUCCUGAAGGAGAAUAUGCAGCCCUGAACCUCAAGCAUGAUUGGAUUGUGCAGCAGAUCCAGAACAGACCAGCAUGUCCACCUCUGAAUGGCUACAGAAAAAAAAAUUAAUAAAUUAAGGCACCGUCAAACUCACAGGAAAUGCAAAGCAUUUAUAAACUGCCUUUCCUUA